AUGUGUCUAUCUUGCGAUGGAAAGGUUUGCAGAAGAUACAUGCUAUACCAUCAGCAGAUGCAAAUGGUGGGUUCUUCAUUUGAAUCCGUAGCUGGUCUUGGUGCUGCCACGCCUUUUUUUUCCUUGGCUCUCAAGAAAGUAGCAAAGAACUUUCGGUGCCUAAGGAAUGGUAUUUUAGAACAGAUUAGGCACAUAUCAAGAGCCCUUGGGGAGGACUUGUCGUCCCCAACUGUUGGUACCAACAGUAGUAAAGGUGAUAUAAAUAUGUCUAGGCUAAAGUAUGUGGGUCAGAAAUCUGGUGGAGUUAACUUCAGUUUCCUUGAACCCCAACAGCAUGGCUGGAGGCCCCAGAGAGGCCUACCGGAACGUUCGGUGGCUAUUCUUCGAGCUUGGCUCUUUGAACAUUUUCUUCAUCCGUACCCCACGGACACUGAUAAGCACAUGUUGGCCAUUCAAACCGGCCUAUCGCGAAAUCAGGUGUCUAACUGGUUCAUAAAUGCUCGUGUUCGGCUUUGGAAACCGAUGGUGGAGGAAAUACAUAUGCUUGAAAGCAAAGGCUUGGCAGAAGGCAAUCAGAACUUGAGCAAAAGUGAUGGCAAAUCUAUUAUUAGUGAAGUACGUAAUACUUGGCCUAACGAAGAGCAAUCUAUCAACAGGUCAUGUGUAAACAUAUUGUCUGAUAAGCAAGUGGCUUGCUCCAAUAUGCUGGUAGCUGACAUCGCACAUGAUGUAGAACACUGGAAUCAUGAGAAACGUUCAGGGAUAGAUUUUCAUAUCCCAACAAACAUGGAGGGUUCACUGGUAGGUUUUGCACCGUAUGAGCAAAGCAGGCUUGAGAAUGGGGGCCUUGGAGCUGUAUCGCUUACCUUAGGACUUAGGCAUGAUGUAGAAAGUGCACAACAGAAGCAGCAACAAUAUCAACAACAGGAGCAUCAUCUGAGGAGGCAAUUUGGAGGUCAAUUGAUUGAUGACUUUUCUGGUUGAGCAUAUAUUGACUUAUUGAAGUUGAAACCGAGUAACUGAUGAGAUGGCUCUUCUUUGUGAUGGUUUUCGGAAAUUUCGGAACAAAAAUGCUGCUAGUACAAGGUUGCAGGUCACCUUGACAGCAUUUGCUUGUCAUGUUAAAUGUUGAAUGAAAAUGAUGACACAAAUGUAUUGGAAAUUAGAAGUAAUAAUCGUUUGAAGUUAUUUGUAAUACGGCUUGUGAGAAGCCGUUUGGAUUUGUCGGGGAAGGGUUUAAUUAAAGCCC